UUUAUCAUACGAAGAUAAUGAAACAUAUUUCGGUUGUUUGAUUAUUUUUCGGGUGGAGUCGCUCUGCUGCUAUGGAAGGCCAGAAGGAGGAGAACGCGAGCGCGUUACUGCCGUGUGACAGGCCGCCGUAGCCGAACGUGACAUACGCAGCUGGCGCGAGAUGUACAUGUGAAACAAACGUCGUUGAACCCCAUCUUUAAACUUCUGCAGUGUUUUAAUGGAGAACAUUAACGCCAAAUACAUAUCACAGAAGAUCAGUAAGACCCGAUGGCGGCCUGUUUCUGCGGCUUCACUGCAGCAGCCGGAGGUGUUCGCCACAGGAUCAUGGGACAACGAGAAUAACAGAGUGACGAUCUGGUCCCUGGGGGAUCAUGGAGGGUCACACAUGGACGGAGAGUUUGAGGAAGAUCCUCAGUUACUGUGCGAGUCCAAACAUGAUGGGGAUGUGAUGGAUCUGAAGUUUCUAGAUCAGGACAGGCUUGUUUCUGCAUCAUCAUGUGGGGCCGUGACCAUCUUUAAACUUAAGUCUGACUGUCAGGCUCUGUCAGUGGCUCACGUGUGGGAGAGAGCUCAUCUGUACUCGUGUGAUAAAGCACCCUGCACUGCUGUAGUGUGCCGGAGCCCUGAAAUUGUGUCAGUGGGCGAGGACGGGCGAAUUAUUCUCUACAAAGCAGAUCAGACUGAAGUUCUCCGUGUUAUUGAGAAUGCAGACAGCAGUACGAUUCACGGCGUGACGUUUCUGAGGACGACAGAAGUUCUCACAGUAAAUUCAAUCGGUCAGCUGAAGAUGUGGGACUUCAGACAGCAGAGCGACAGUCCUGCACAGAUUCUUUCUCUCACUGGAGACAGACUCCCUCUUCACUGUGUGGAUAAACACCCAAACCAACAGCACAUCGUGGCCACAGGAGGACAGGACGGGAUGUUGGGUAUCUGGGACGUCAGACAGGGCAACACGCCCUUGUCUCUCACAGAGGCUCAUUCAGCAGAAAUAUGGGAGGUUCAUUUUCAUCCGUCGAACCCCAAUCACUUAUUCACCUGCUCGGAGGACGGAUCUCUGCUGCACUGGGAGACGACAUCAGCCUCCGACAUGAGCUCACUGCUGCAGAGGGGUUGGAACAACAGGGUGAUGUCACACAGCAGCGUCCAGCCGACGGGCGGGGACGAGUCUCUGGUCAGCACUUGGCUCACUGGAGACUCCAGUAAAAGUCGACUGGAGGCGACUCACAUGCUGCCCAGUCAGACCAUGGCUGUUAACAGUCUGGAUGUGCUGGAGCAGUGUUUAGUGUGCGGCACAGAUGGAGAGGCCGUCUACAUGCACACACAAAUCCCUGUCUGAUUUACGACUAACCAUUGUACGCUUGUAAUAUUUUUUAUAUAUGCUACAUUUCUUUUCUAUCGAUUGAAACUGAAAUGGAAUGAUUGAGUCAUUAAAACAGCAGUGUUUACA